AUGGGAAAGUUCAAUGGUCAUGUAUACCCAGGGCUGUAUCUUUUCUCUUAUGGACUGUAUCAGGCAGCAGUGGUCUUUAAGACCACCAUAGUCAAUGACUCUCUUCUGUAUCCUUCCUGUCCUCCCAGAAAUAAGGGAAUAUGGGCCAGGCUGUGGGAAAUAUCCUACCAAGGUUUGCUGAAAAUAGUGACCGGCUCUAUCUUUACGAUUUAUGUGAUCUUCUGCCUUGAUGAUGGGAUGGUGCUGAUGAACAGGGAAAUGCCACCGAGAUUUAUGUACCCCAAAGAGUGGCAGCACCUCACCAUGUUCAUCCUCCUCACCCUCAAUGGCUGUGUAGAUGUCACGAGCAAGAACUUGCUGCCUCAGAGGUGUGUGCUCCUAGAAAAAGGUGCCCUGGUCCUGAUCUUCUACGUGCUCCUGAUGCUGUUGGUGUCACAUGUUCAAGAUUCGACAGGGGUGGAACUGCAGGUUCAUUCUCUGCUCAUCUUGGUGGUGUUCCUGCUGAUGCUGGUGUUGACUGUUGAGCUGUGGGCUCCCAAUGCCUUUCACCUCUCAAUGACUGAGGCCUUUCUGUUUCUGAUGAUGGGCUCCUGGCUGAUGCAGGCAGGCUUUAUUCUGUACCGACCAGUCACCGGCUACCCAUGGCAGGAUGAUGACAUCAGUGACAUCAUGUUUGUCACCACCUUCUUCUGCUGGCAUGUGAUGAUCAAUGCUUUGUGUCUACUGGGGAUAUAUGGCAUCUCUUCCUUUUGGCAUCAUUGUUACAAUCCCAGGUCUAAGCUGAUGGGAUCCAAAGAAGCUUCCAUAUUAUACAAGCACUGA